UAGCUCUACCCUCUCCUGGUAUUUAUUUGCUCAUAAUUAUUCAAUAUUGACUCAAGUACUGUGCUUCUCUCAUCUUCUCUCUACACCGAAACCUUAACAUUUCAGUCUCUCAUGGACGCCUUAAAACUCUCAUCUCAGUCUCAAAACCCUACUGAAAAUGGAGAAAAUAGAACCAGUACUACAAACAAAAGAAACACUAACAAUGGAAGAAGAUUCCUGGGGGUGAGACAAAGGCCCUCGGGGAGAUGGGUUGCAGAAAUCACGGACUCUUCACAGAAGCUGCGGCUAUGGCUGGGGACUUUCGACAGGGCGGAAGACGCCGCCGUGGCCUACGACAGCGCCGCCAGAAUCUUAAGAGGAAGAAACGCCAAAACUAAUUUCGCAUAUCAUCAAGGAUUUUUUAAUCAUAAUCAUGAAGAAAAUUGCAGAGUUUUGGGUAAAAAUCCCAGGCUUUUUCAACUUCUUCAACAUUCAGUCACAAAGAAGAAUCAUGCAAAUUUGAAAAGCAUAUGUAUAGAUCAAAAUAUCUGCAACAAAGCUGAAUCCUCCAUGAAUAUCAACUUUGAUGCCCUUGUUGAAGAAACCAUAUUUUGUUCUUCAACUCCAUCAGAUUAUCAUCAUCAUCAUCAUCAUCAGGAUGAUAGAAAUAAGAUUUGUGGGUUGUCGUUUGGAAGCUCUAAAGUUCAUUCUUCUGUAAUCGUUGCUCCUUCGUUUAGUUCUAAAUCUGCGUGUCAAUCAAGAGAGGAAGAAAACUAAGAUUAGUUGUUUCUCUACCUGUGAUCUUCAAUCAAAUCCAGCAACAUUUGAUUGAAAUAAAACUAUAUGUAUAAAUAAAUUUUAUUAAUUUUUUUC